AUGUACAAUCCAAGCGACAUCCCAAGGGAUCAAGCUCGGUGGAUUUUGGAAGAGUUUGACUUCACGUUGAGUCAGAUUUGUUGCAACAAGAGCGGGGACAUGGCUGUGUCUGAGUUGUGGGCCAUGAGUCCAGCGCAGACGACAUUGAUUCGAGAUGUUUCGUCAGGGCCAGAAGUGGCAUUGCCGUUUGAACUGCUUCACCACGCCUUUGAAACUCGAGCCAAGGCGCGUCCUCAUGUUCGAGCUGUGGAGAUUCAGGACCGGUGGCUGUCGUACGGGGAACUCGACGCGCUCGCGAACUCGGUGGCCAGUGACUUGGCCCACUUGGGCGUGUGCGUUGGGUCUCGAGUGGCUGUGAUCAUGGACCGUUGUUUGGAGUUUCCCAUUGGAUUGCUUGCGGUGCUCAAAGUGGGUGCUGCCAUGAUGCCAUUGGAUGUGGCCUUUCCCUCUGCUCGCUUGGCAUUCAUGGUGGCAGAUGCUGGUGUGUGCGCUGUGGUCACGACAAGUCAAUUCCGGCAAACGAUUGUUGAUUUGGAGUUGGCUGUUGACGUUGUGGUCAUUGAUGUUGCAACCUCCAAGUCAGAGUUCGUGCCAUCAGCCUGCCACAUGGCCACCAAGUUGGACGAAGCGUACAUUGUCUACACGUCUGGGUCGACUGGCAAACCCAAAGGUGUUCCUGUUCUACACCACAGUGCGGUGAACUCUAUGGAGCGCUUUGGUGGUAUCCUUGAAAUCAAGGAGGACUCUAGGGUGUUUCAAUUGAUGGCCAUUGGUUUCGAUGGAUUCCAAGCCGACAUGUGGGAGAGUCUGUCCUUUGGUGCGACCUUGGUCUUAAGAAGUGAAGACGAUCUGUCGGCGCUGUCAACGGCUAGCAAUCUGACGUGCACCCCCACUGCGUUGUCCUUGCUGGGCGAACCAAACCAGUAUCCCCAGCUGAAGGUCGUGGCGGUGGCUGGAGAGGCUUGUCCAGUGGCACUCAAGGACUUGUGGGCACCAAGGGUCAAGUUGUUCAAUCUGUACGGUCCGUCUGAGUGUGCGAUCAUGUCCCACGGUACUCGACUGAGCCUGACGGAAUCCAUUGCAAUCGGGUCGGUGCUUCCCAACGUCCAUUGCUACGUGUUGGACGACAACCACCGACAGGUCCCAUUUGGCAUUCUGGGUGAAUUCUACUUGAGCGGCAUUUGCGUGUCGCCAGGCUACAUCAACUUGCCGGAAAUGACGGAAGAGCGAUUCUUGGUGGACCCCUUUGGCCAUGGCCGAAUGUACAAGACAGGGGAUCUGGGUCGUCUGCUGCCCAAUGGCCAAUUCGAAAUCGCUGGCAGACAAGAUAGCCAGGUCAAGUUGAAGGGCUACCGCAUCGAGUUGGAUGAAGUCGCCAAUGCCAUGAUGCAGCACCCGUCGGUCAAGUCGGCCGCCGCCAUUGUCAAGGACAAGACGCACCUCGUGGGGUACUUUACGCCGUCCGACGUCGAUGUGGUGGCGCUGGAGCAAUGUGUAAACAAUUACUUACCCACGUACAUGGUGCCUGCUGUGUGGAUUGGCCUGGACGUGAUGCCGAUGAAUUCCAACGGCAAGAUUGACAAGAAAGUUCUGGUGGGGAUGGAGGUGCAGAUUAAGACGGAGGGUUUGGAAAGUGACACAGAAGUCAAGUUGGCAGCAGUGUGGGCCCAAGUGUUUGAAGUGGAUACACGCGACAUCGGUCGACGCAUGUCGAUGUUCUCGCUCGGGGGCGACUCCAUUCUGGCCAUCCGUCUGGCUUCGGCUUGCAAUCGAGCUGGCCUUCCUCUGUCCGUGGGGGAUAUCAUGAAGUACAACCGGCUGUGCGACAUGGCGCUGCGGGUUGGUCAGCAAAAGAGGACGGCGUGGCCCCAGGUGCCACUGGAUGACCACACCAUCGACCAAGUGGUGACGACUUGGCCGGACUACGAAACAGCCUACGGCACCACCCCCGAGCAGUCGUAUCAAGUGCGCAUGACCAAGCAAGACCCGUCCAUGUGGGUGCUCCAGGUGCCGCUCUCAGGACUGGACGCACAAGAAGCGUUGACCGCGUACCUGCAGCUGGCUGCAACCUGUGAAACGUUGCGCACGACGUUCGUGGACUCCGCCACCCUCGGUGUGUGUCAUGUUGUGAACUCGUCCGCCAGCGUUUAUCGAGUUCAAGCUGAAUCCAUGCGUGCGUUCUUGGUAACAGACGCUUCAGUUGGGUUUAAACUGUCAGACUCGUCGUUUGCGCGCUUCACAGUCGUCGACAUCGCUCAUCCGUCUGAGGAGUCCAUUGGCGUCUUGACGAUCCACCACGCUCUGUACGACGGCUGGUCUAUCUCCCUCUUGUUGUCAGAUUUGCUGCACGUGUAUCGCACUGGAACGUCGCCACCGUCCCGCCCGUCCUUUCGAGCAGUGAUCGACUACUUGCACGCCCAAGACUCGGCCACAACAGUCGCCUUCUGGACCGCCUAUCUUGUCGACGCCUCGACGUCUCCACUCCUGAACUCCAUCGUUCCCCAUCUGUAUGCUUCAGUGGGCUCCGAUGGGGAUGGAUCCGUCUCCACCCACGUGCACUUGCCGCAGCUACAGACGCUGGCCCAGCGUUUUGGCGUGACAACAUCAACUGUCGUGCUCCUGAGCUGGGCGAUGACGCUGCAGGUCCACACUGGACGUGACGACGUUGUGUUUGGACAAGUGCAGGCGAAUCGCAACCUCCCUGUGGAAGGGCUUGACCGGAUGCUUGGCUGUGCGAUGAGCUCCGUGCCGUGCCGAGUCCACUUUGGCGCCCCUAUGACGUUGGUCGAGCGUCUGCAACAGUUGCAAACAAUGCGCAGUGCGAUGCUGGGCCAUUGCAUGAUCGACCCUGAAGACACGACAACGUGGAGCCACCUUCCAGCCAUGCAAUACGACACGGAAGUGGCGUUUCACAAUUUCAACGACAACCACAGUGACGUCGACGACUUGCUGCGAAAAAUGGAAAAAGGAUCGGAACAUCGCUUUGGGGUGUACAAGAUUGAGCUUGCAGUGGCACCAACGGCUAGCGGGGUCCAGAUCGACGCAGCGUUCGACGCAGGUCGAAUCCAACGAGCUGCUGUCGCGUCGAUGGUGUGCAGAAUGCGGCACGUUUUGCAUCAAUGUCAAGAGGACUUAGUAACUGAAGCUCGAUAG